UUUGGAUGCAUUGACGAUACUGACAUUACCAGUCAAAAACAAACGCAUUUAACUAAAAUAAAUCACCGAUAUGAACUCCACACAAAACCCCGUUUAUCACACCUCCGUUGAGCAGAAGCGACAUGCCCAAGAUGUGGCCAAAAGGCAGCGAAUGGGAAUGCAGAUGCCCAAACUUCGUGAAAUGCUGCGAGAGAAGUACCGCAAGCGCAUUAUCGAGACCCGCCAUAAAUGCACGGAUGCCAAUAGGGAAAUACAACUGUCCGAACUCAGGGAAAUCCUUCGUUUGGAACUGAGCGAAUUGGAAAAGGAUGUGGAGCUAGAGGAGCUCAUCCUGGAGGAGCUGCUCUCCGAUGUGAACGAGUGGUAUGCUCUGGGCGAGCAGAAUCUGGAAACUCUGUACGCAGAGGCGGAUGAGAAGCCCAAGGAUGUCCUGUGUCCAGUUUGCCAGAUUAAAACCCUAAGACGCCACAAGGGCUCCUUCAUCUGCGAGUGUGGCAUCCAGUUUGAGCACUCUGCCAAUGUGGAACAGUUGCAGGUACUUCUACAGCAGCAAAUCGCCAGCCACGAGCUAAAUUGCACUCAGGCCCUGCGAUUCUUCAUCGAACCCUCUUCGGGACACCUGUACAACAUGUGCGGCAGCUGCGACUACUUUUCCUCCGUUUAGUUAGUCCCUGGACCUUGUUUUCCAGUCGCUGGCGUGCUAUAGUAUACGAUCUUUAAUGUUAACUCAUUUUGUUAGUAAAGUAAGCAAAGCUAUUUUUGUUCUUCGGAUAUAAAUUAGGCAGUUUUUACGCUUAUCAGUUUCCAGUGACCCACACAGAUCCGUUCUCAUUUAAUUUGGAAUCUUUCCCAAUAGGAAAUUACAAAAAUUAUUAUACACAUAUACGAUAAAUCUUAUGUAACCUCUUUUAUAUUUGUUGCUCUAAUAGAAAUUCAAGCUUAAAAACAGUCUUAUAUUAUUAUCAUUCAGUCAUUCAUUGUUAUUAUCACACAUUCUUUUUCAUUGAAGAAAA